AUGGCCCCAGCCAUCUCCACCGCCGCCCUCUCCGCCCACACGCCCAUCGUCAUCAGCGGGCCCAGCGGCGCAGGCAAAUCCACUAUCCUCGCGCGCCUGUUCGCCGACUACCCCUCGAAAUUCGGCUUCAGCAUCUCGCACACGACGCGGGCGCCGCGCGGCGCCGAGCAGGACGGCCGCGAGUACUACUUUGUCACGCACGACGAGUUCCAGAAGUUGGUGCAGGACAAGGGGUUUGUGGAGCAUGCGCAGUUUGGGGGCAAUUGCUAUGGGACGAGUGUGAAGGCUGUGCAGGAUAUUGCUGAGAAGGGGAGGGUGUGUAUAUUGGAUAUUGAGAUGGAGGGCGUCAAGCAGGUCGCGAAUCACCCCACGUUUCCUCGCCCACGCUUCUUGUUCCUCUCGCCGCCGUCGAUGGAGAUCCUGGAGAAGCGGUUGAGGAGUCGGGCUACGGAUAAGGAGGAGGCUAUCUUGAAGAGGCUGAAUCAGGCGAGCGUCGAGAUGGAUUUUGCAAACAGUGGAGAGGCGCCGCACGACAAGAUUGUGGUCAACGAUGAUCUGGACAAGGCGUACGAGGAGGUCAGGGAGUUUGUCGUUGGCAAUGAGGCAUGA